AUGAGUGCCGAAGAAGACCCCCUUUUGGCUGCCUUGAAUUCCGAGGAGCCAGCCGCCCCUGCACAACCCACAGACGUCGAAAGAGACAGAGCAUUGAACAAAUUCAAGGAGAAGUUAAUCGAGCAUAGAAAAUGGGACUCCCGGUUGAAGGAGCUUCGUCUUAGCAUACGAGACUUGGACAAGGACUACGAAAAGACCGAGAACGACAUCAAGGCGCUCCAGUCGGUAGGGCAGAUCAUUGGUGAGGUGUUGAAGCAAUUGGACGACGAGAGCUUCAUAGUCAAGGCAUCCAGUGGUCCCCGUUACAUUGUUGGAUGCAGAAACACCAUCAAGAAGGAGAGCUUGAAGAAUGGAGUGAGAGUAUCGUUGGACAUGACUACCUUGACCAUCAUGAGAAUUCUUCCCAGAGAAGUUGAUCCAUUGGUCUACAAUAUGACUACCUUCGAACCAGGAGAGAUAUCAUUCACUGGAAUUGGUGGUUUGACCGAUCAGAUCAGAGAAUUGCGUGAAGUCAUCGAAUUGCCUUUGAAGAACCCGGAACUAUUCACAAGAGUCGGUAUCAAGCCACCCAAGGGUGUUUUGCUUUAUGGUCCUCCUGGUACAGGUAAGACCUUGUUGGCCAAGGCCGUUGCUGCCACCAUUGGUGCAAACUUUAUCUUCUCCCCUGCUUCUGCCAUUGUCGACAAGUACAUUGGUGAAUCAGCCAGAUUGAUCAGAGAAAUGUUCGCAUACGCAAAGGAACAUGCUCCAUGUAUCAUUUUCAUGGAUGAAGUCGAUGCUAUAGGUGGUCGUAGAUUCAGUGAAGGUACUUCUGCCGAUAGAGAAAUCCAAAGAACGUUGAUGGAGUUGUUGAACCAAAUGGAUGGUUUCGAAACAUUGGGCCAAACCAAGGUCAUCAUGGCUACCAACAGACCAGAUACUUUGGAUCCCGCCUUAUUGAGAGCUGGUAGAUUGGAUAGAAAGAUCGAAAUUGGGUUGCCCAACGAAGCUGGAAGAUUGGAAAUUUUCAAGAUUCAUACUUCCAAGGUGGCCAAGCAAGGUGAAUUUGACUUUGAAGCUGCAGUCAAGAUGAGUGACGGAUUCAAUGGUGCUGAUAUCAGAAACGUGGUGACCGAAGCUGGUUUCUUUGCCAUCAGAGAUGAAAGAGAUUACAUUCUUCAAAACGAUAUAAUGAAGGCUGUCAGAAAGGUUGCUGAUGUUAAGAAGUUAGAAGGUAAAUUAGAUUACGAAAAGUUAUGA